CGAUAAUUUAUUUUUUAGGAUCGUGUAAUACUUCAUUGCAUACCUGCCACAAUAAUUUCUUUAAUAAAUUAAUAGAAGAAAAAAUUAAAGGGAAAUUACUGAAAUGCAUGAGCCAGGCAAGUCCAUUUACGCACUGGGUAAGUACAAUUUCUUCCCCUUAAUUGAAAAUUCACUACCAAAACAUUCCACAACAAAAAGCAGCAACACUGUUCGCACAUUUCUGUAUUCCAUUUUCUACUCGCGCAGCAGAGCCGCUCUUUGGUCAUCGUGCGCGUUCGCCUCUCAUUUGUUGUUUGUCUCUCAUCGAUGUUGGAAGUUUGUGUUGAAUGCGCCGUUUGUUGUCGCUACGCGUUUUCAACAAUUUGGUUUCAGCGACUCCUUUUAGCCAAAUUCCGUUAGUGCUAUUAUAAUUACAAUGUGCAAAGCGAAAUAGUUCAAACUAAAUUGAAAAACAAGAACAAUAUAUAAAUAAAUAUUUAAAUUUCGGUAUACAAAAACAAAUAAUUGCAAUAAAAGUGAAUGAAAGUGGUGAAUACAAAAACGAAAAUCAUAGUAAUUUAUAGCAUUAACUGAUCCCAUUCACCUGUGCCAGCGGACGUACUCGCUCAUUAUCAGCUAUUGCCGUCUUUCGGCGCAGUCCUGUCAUUCGGCAAGAUUUGUGAGUUUUUGAAAUAUUGUACUUUGUUGUUUGAAGUAAUUAAAUAUUUGCCAGAAAGAAAACAGACGAACUGCAUUGUUUCGCAUAAAUAAAUAAAAAGGUGGGAAAUGCAGAACGAGUGCAAAACAAAUUGCAAAACAAAUCGAAAAGUAAUACUCAGUGUUUAUUAAUAAUUUCCCCGUCAUACGCAGUGUUAUAAAUAUUAAUUAUCAACUGCUGAAAAACAUACGCGCUAAUAAACAGAUAAAAAAGUAAACGGCAUUAGGUACAGUGUGAGUGGUGGAGGUAGCUUUUGCAGUCGAGCGUUGGCAGUGCGAAACCAUAACGCUCGACGGCCUGAUUGCUGUCGCCAAUGGCAACAAAAAAACAAUAACAUUACUAUAUUAUAAAAAAAAUAAAUAAAUAGUUGGAAACAGUAAAGAAAUUAAGUGUGCUCAACAAGUGUAACGAGCAAAUGCGCACCCUCAAUACACUUGGCCUAAAAGCGGCUAAAUAAACGACUUUGCAUUGUUUGCGCAUAUUCUCAAAUGCGUACACAUAUGUACAAAUGUGUAUGUGUGUGUGUGUAGUAUAUACAAAUACGAAGAGAUCGCGCAAUAAAACGGAAACGGAAAUUUGAGUUCCUUCCAAAGUGCUGGUGUGCAAGAGAAUUUUUGAACAAUUCACGAAAAUAAAUAGAGUCGAGUGAUUUUACGAACUACGUACGCAUUUAUGCGUCAUACUGGUUUACUCCAUUGAACUAUACAGAGAACUGCUCUAAACAGUUUUAUUCAUUGAAAACCUGCAAAACACAACAAAACUAUUUCAACAACAACACUGUGUGAUCAACAAACGAACGUACGAUCGCCCGAUAAAUGCUAAUUGGUAAGCUGUCACACCUUGACUGUUGUUACAACGCCGCCAGCGGAGAGAGCCCUUGCAGAUGUCUGUAUGUACAGUAGCUGCCAAGUUGAAAUGAUUCGCAGCCAGGAUAUUGCCAGUGAAAAUAAAUAAUACGAAUAACUCAGCUAAAACAAAAUAAAGUGUAAAAUAUAACUAUCAAUAAACAUUUGAAGAAAUUAGAACAACAAAUUGUCAAAUGUAUGCGUGUACAUUAAUGCAACAUGUGGCAAUAUGCUGAUCUUGGCUUUAUCGCCGUCAGUUUAGCGUCGCUCUCAUCUCCCUCCCCGUCGUCGUACCCGCCGUGCGCGCAGGUUUUGAUUUCGUUCGAGUCGUCAAAUGACAAGAAUCGCGUACGCGUCCCGGUCUCCCGCGCCUAGUCUGUGCUUGCGAAUCAGACGUUCCGCUGCAUCGAUCAGAAUCAGCAAAAUUUAGCAACAACGACAACAACAAAAGCAACGUAAAUUAACAACAAACACUGCAAUUAGUCGUACAUAGGCAGCGUGUGUUCCAUACGAGCACCGCCGUUAUCGUUGUCGUUGCCUCGCUACGCUUGAUCGAGCCACGCAAGGCAAGAAAUUGAGCCCAGUUCUUUGUUGGCAGCAAAACGUAAAUAAAAAUACAACAUAAAUAUAUGUAUUUGUAAUAAUAAUAAAAUGCGGUGAAUUUGAACAUGAAUACAACGAAUAAGAAAUAGUUCGCGAAGUUUAUGUUAAAUUGUGCUUAUAAAAUAUUUGAAUCAGUUAUAUUUGAUGCGAUAAAAUAUUAAUAAGAAGCUCAAGCAUUUAAAAAUUGUGUGUGUGUUUGUGUAAAGAAUACAGUGCAAAGUCUUAAAAAUAUUUUCUUUUAAUAUAAAGAUUGAGCAAUACCACCUUCUUCGUCCGAAAUGCAGAUAAACACAGCGUAUCGCUCUCACAGUCAUGUGAUCAUGUGGCUGUCACUGGGAUUUUUCCUUUUGGCUGCUAUUCCAACUAGCGAGGGAUCCAUCACUGCUGGUUAUGUAGAUCAUGGAGAUAUGAAAGUUUGCAUUGGUACAAAGUCCCGUUUGUCGGUGCCUUCGAAUCGUGAACAUCAUUACCGAAAUUUACGUGAUCGCUACAACAAUUGCACUUAUGUCGAUGGUAAUUUGGAGUUGACCUGGUUGCAGGAACCCGAUAUGGAUCUUAGCUUUUUGGAGAAUAUUCGCGAAGUGACCGGCUACAUACUCAUCAGUCAUGUGGACAUACAAAAUGUCGUAUUUCCAAGACUACAAAUCAUCCGUGGCCGCACUUUGUUCAAUCUCAAUGUACAAGAUCAACAGUUUGCCCUGUUCACUGCCUACUCGAAAAUGUUCACGCUUGAAAUGCCUGCACUCAGAGAUAUAUUACAAGGUUCUGUGGGUUUCUUCAAUAACUUCAAUUUGUGUCACAUUAAGACCAUCGACUGGAAGGAGAUCAUCUCUGGUCCCGAUGAUCGCUAUACUUAUGUGUAUAAUUUCACACCACCGGAACGUCAGUGCCCCAAGUGUCACGAGUCUUGUGAGCGCGGUUGCUGGGGUGAAGGUCCAAACAAUUGUCAGAAGUUCAGUAAGAUCAAUUGUUCGCCACAAUGUGCGCAGGGUCGUUGCUUUGGCUCACGUCCACGCGAAUGCUGUCAUCUUUUCUGUGCCGGCGGUUGUACCGGCCCUACACAGCGCGAAUGUAUUGCUUGUAAGAAUUUCUACGACGAUGGUGUUUGCAAAGAAGAAUGUCCGCCUAUGCAGAAAUAUAAUCCCACCAAUUAUUUGUGGGAGAUGAAUCCGGAAGGCAAAUAUGCUUAUGGUGCGACCUGUGUUAAGGAAUGUCCCGAGCAUUUGCUGAAGGAUAAUGGCGCAUGUGUGCGUAGUUGUCCUGCCGAGAAGAUGGCUAAGGAUGGUGAGUGUGUGCCGUGUAAUGGUCCGUGUCCCAAGACGUGUCCCGGCACGCCGGCACUACAUUCGGGCAAUAUUGACACAUAUAAAGGUUGCACAGUGAUCGAAGGCUCCGUACGUGUUUUGGAUCAGACCUUCUUCGGCUAUCAACACAUUUACUCAAAUAACUCUUUUGGUCCACGCUUCAUUGCCAUGCAUCCCGAUCGUUUGGAGGUAUUCUCCACGGUGAAAGAAAUUACUGGCUAUUUGGACAUUGAAGGUGCACAUCCGGCUUUCAAGAACCUUUCAUACUUCCGCAAUUUGGAAGUUAUACAUGGACGUCAGCUAAUGGAGAGCUACUUUGCUUCCUUAUCGAUUGUGCGAUCUUCAUUGGAAAGUCUGGAGCUGCGCAGUCUGAAGCGCAUUAACUCUGGCGCCGUGGUUAUCCAGCAGAACGACAACAUCUGCUUUGUUAGCGACAUCGAUUGGCAAAAAGUGCAAAAGUCAGUGGACCAUGGUGUAGUGAUCGCGCGGAAUCGCAACGAAACCGAAUGCAAAUCAGAGGGUCUUGUAUGUUCGGAUCAGUGCAACAAGUCUGGCUGUUGGGGUAAAGGUCCCGACCAGUGUCUGGAAUGUAAGAACUUUGCCUUCAAUGGCACCUGCAUCGCCGAUUGCCAUAAUAUAACGAACGCCUAUCAAUUCGACAACAAGACAUGCAAAGAGUGUCACCCUGAGUGUCGUACUUGUUCGGGUCCAGGCGCCGACCAUUGUGAAGAGUGUGUGCAUGUACGCGAUGAGAAACGUUGCGUCACAGUUUGUCCGGACAACAAAUACUCCGACUAUGGCAUAUGUCGUACUUGCCAUGAAACUUGUGAGGGUUGCACGGGACCUAAAGACACCAUUGGACCGGGCGGUUGCAAAACAUGUAAUCUCGCCAUCAUCAACAGUGAUACUACAGUGGAACGUUGUUUGCUAAAGAAUGAUAAAUGUCCGGAUGGUUAUUAUUGGGAAUAUGUGAAUCCUCAAGAGCAAGGCAAUCUGAAACCAUUGGCCGGUAAAGCCAUCUGCCGUAAAUGUCACCCACGUUGUGAGCUCUGCAAUGGCUACGGUUUUCAUGAGCAGGUGUGCUCGAAGUGUGCCGGUUACAAACGUGGCGAGCAAUGUGAAGACGAAUGCCCUCCUGAUCACUAUGCUGACGAAACCCGUCGUGAGUGCUUCGAAUGUCAUCCCGAGUGUAAAGGUUGCACCGGACCAAGCGCGGAAGAUUGUAGUGCUUGCCGCAGCUUCAAAGUCUUUGGCUUUGGGGAUCCCACUGAUAAUACAACGAUUUUUAACUGCACGUCGAAAUGUCCGGCCGAUUAUCCGUAUGUGAUUUACCAGUCAACUGACAUUGGCACAUACUGCUCGGAAGUGCCUGGUAAAGGUACCAAACUCACCGCCGGUGUCGACAGUUAUAUCUUUAUCAUUGUAGCGUUCAUUGUGUUUGUGGUUAUGUUCUGCAUGUGUAUCGUCUGUUAUGUCUGUCGACAGCGCACUAAAGCCGAAAAGGAGGCGGUGAAAAUGACACGUGUGCUUAGUGGUUGUGAAGAUGCUGAACCAUUGCGCCCAUCGAAUAUCUCACCGAAUCUAUCGAAAUUGAGAAUCGUCAAGGAUGCAGAGCUGCGAAAAGGAGGUGUGCUUGGUAUGGGCGCAUUUGGUCGUGUCUUCAAGGGUGUUUGGGUACCUGAGGGCGAGAAUGUCAAAAUACCGGUGGCCAUUAAAGAGCUUCUAAAGGCUUCCGGCGCCGAAUCCAGUGAAGAAUUUCUGCGCGAGGCAUAUAUCAUGGCAUCGGUUGAACAUCCGAAUCUUCUAAAGUUACUGGCUGUUUGCAUGACCUCACAAAUGAUGUUGAUCACACAGCUUAUGCCGCUUGGCUGUCUGCUCGAUUAUGUGCGCAACAAUCGCGAUAAGAUUGGUUCUAAGGCGCUACUAAACUGGUCCACACAAAUUGCCAAGGGUAUGUCGUACUUGGAAGAGAAGCGACUGGUGCAUCGCGAUCUUGCUGCGCGUAAUGUGCUGGUACAAACACCUUCUAUUGUUAAGAUCACCGAUUUUGGUUUGGCGAAACUGCUUAGCAGUGACUCGAAUGAGUACAAAGCGGCUGGCGGAAAGAUGCCCAUCAAGUGGCUGGCACUGGAGUGCAUCAGACAUCGUGUCUUCACCAGCAAAUCAGAUGUUUGGGCUUUUGGCGUAACCAUUUGGGAGCUAUUGACUUUCGGCCAGCGUCCACAUGAGAAUAUACCUGCCAAAGAUAUACCCGAUCUCAUCGAAGUUGGUCUGAAGUUAGAGCAGCCCGCCAUUUGUUCACUUGAUAUAUAUUGCACAUUGCUAUCCUGCUGGCAUUUGGACGCCGAAAUGCGUCCAUCAUUCAAACAACUGGUGAAUGUAUUCUCCGAGUUUGCACGCGAUCCCGGUCGUUAUUUGGUCAUACCAGGUGACAAAUUUACACGUCUACCCGCCUAUACAAGUCAAGAUGAGAAAGAUUUAAUCAGAAAGUUGGCGCCCACAACUGAAGGCCCAGAAGCUAUGGUUGAGGCAGAGGACUAUCUGCAACCAAAGGCGGCGCCUGGACCCAGUGGUACGGAAGACACGGAUGAGGUGCCUAAACUCAAUCGCUACUGCAAAGAUCCGAUGAAUAAGAACUCAUCGUCAGGUGGUGACGACGAGACCGACUCUAACGCGCGUGAGGUUGGUGUCGGCAACUUGCGACUCGAUCUACCUGUCGACGAGGAUGACUACCUUAUGCCCACCUGUCAGUCCACCACGCCCAAUGGUACAACCGGCAGCAAUAACAACACCAUCAAAGCAAAUGGCCAUCCCAACGGUGGUAUGGGUAUUGGCGGUGGCGGUUACAUGGAUCUAAUCGGUGUGCCCGCAAGCGUUGAUAACCCCGAAUACCUGCUCAACCCGCAAGCGCUGAGCGUCGACGAUGCGCCCAUACCGACGCAGACGAUCGGCAUACCAGUGAUGAUAAACCGCAACGGCGGCAACACCGUGCUGACCGGUGGCAAUGGCAACGUUUUAAGCGGCCACCAUCACACACACCAUACGCCCGCGUCAGCGGCAGCAGCGGCGGCGGCGGCGAACACAAAAGCCGCUCUAACCGCGAUGCACGACAUGAAUGUGGCAGCUAUGGUAGCGGGCAAUGGCGGCUCGGAGCCGACCAGCUCGGACCAUGAGUACUACAACGACACGCAGCGUGAAUUGCAGCCACUGCAUCGCAGCGAGACGCGCGUCUAACCGUCAGCACGACCGUUGGUCGUCGGUAACUCGUUGGUUGGGGUGCGCGAUCAGAUGUAGCCAAAGCGAAUGCGGCACGCGUACAAAGCGAAGGGUGGGAUGGUCGAUGGUGAAGGUAGAGGGAAGCAGAAAAAGACUGCAACACUGCCUACGUGAACUUAACUUGCCACAAGAACUUGCAACGUGCCUCAUUUACAUACAUACAUACAACAUAUGUAUGUGUGCCACUACGUAACGUAACUGUAAAUACAUAUUUAAGAAAACACAAAGCGAAUGCAGCGAAAUCGAGCGAAUUUCGAACGCAGCAAAAGCGGAACACACGAAACGAAGCAAAACAAACAGACAAACUAAUUAUAGCACACCCACAAAUUCAUACAUACAUAAGCCACUUAAAGUCACAUACGUAACGGCCUAGGCUAGCGCAGGCUUGCGUAUGGACAUAGCCCAAGCAAAUCCACUUUUAGCAUUAGGCAAUUAGCUUUUAACUGUACAUACAUACACACAACCAUGUAUAAUCCGUAGUAGAUAUGUAGUACCUAAAUUGUUGUUGUAUACUGUAGUACUUACCGUUUAAAGCGUAAACAAUUGUAAAUCUUCAACCAACAGUGCAUUUGACUUGAACGAAGAUUGGCGCGGCAGUGGCUGGCAGCCAACCGCUUUGUGUGUGUAAAAAUUGUAUAAAUCCUCUGACCGCCGCUGAUCUUCAAGCAAAUUAGUUUGUAGCGUAUAAGUUAGGCUUCUAAAAUAAUUUAGGUUUCGAUAUUUUUAAAAUGUUUUAUUUUUAAGUAAAUUUCGGUUUUAUUCAUAACCACCUGUGAUAACGUAAAUUAAGUACGAAUACGAAAAAAUCAAAAAAAAACAAAAAUAAAUAAAUAAAUAAAAACAACAAAAACGUAAAAUAAUGAACAAAAUGAACAAAAAUUUAACCAAAUGGCAACAACUACAACAAUUAUUAUUAUAUAUUUUAUUAACGAAAUUUUUACAAAAUUAUGCAACCUACGAGUAACGCUUAAAAUAACCCAAUUACAUUUUUUUUAAUAAUAAAAAAAAAUUAUUGGCAUUCACCGCAAAUUUUGGUUUAGAGAUAUUUUACCACGGCCUUUUGACACACGCGUCAAGAAAUAAAUUGUAAAUUGUAAUCAUUUUUUAUUGUUAAUUAUCAUUUUGAGAUUGUGUACGGCAAAUGAUUACGUGACGGAUUUGUUAAACAAAGACCAUUAAGCAUAUAUAUUAUUGUAACAAUUUGUUUUUUUGUUUGAAUUUCUAUACUAACUAUACACCUGCUAAGCCUUUGGUGUUGACUUUGAGUGAGAUGAGGGUUUAUAUUUAAAUUUCAUACUAAAAGCAAUAGUGAACUGAUAAAAAAAACACUUAUAUGCUGCAACUUCAGUUUACGUUUGCCUUGAAAUCACUAAAAUUAUAAAUUUAUUACUUUAUGAACACUAUUAUUAAUUAUUUGAAAUUAAAAAACUUUUUAAAUUUAAAAUAAUUAAAAUUGAAACAGCAAAAUUAAGAAAUUGUUUGUUGCAGUUUCGUAUUGUGUUUACCCGAAAAAAUCGUUAAAUUAAACAAGUUGAGAUUUGAUUUAAACCUAAAAUUAAAAAAGAAUUAAAAAAAUUCAAAAAUAGUAAAAUUUUCACUGCAAAAUUUAGAAAUUGUUCAAAGCUACAAUUUUGGAAUUUAACUUAUUGAAUUUAAAAACGUUUUUCAAUCUGAAAAGAACAAAAUUCUAAGCAUACAAAACUUAAACAUAAAAAUAUUUAUAUACUAUAUUAAAAAUAUUUCAAAACUCGUGCUUAUAUUUUCAAUAAAUAAAAAUAAAAUAUAUAAUUAAAAUUUGAAAGUUCAAUUCAAUCAAUUUAAUUUUUCAAUUCUGUCAGCUAAUUUUUUACACCCACUCUUUUUGCAAAUAUUGUCUAGCUCUCCUCUCUCACUCAAUGCUCAAAGCACACCAAAUAGCAAUUAUGCAUACAUAUGUAUUUGUAUAUUAUAACACACACAUACAAACUUAUUAAUACUGCAUUAUUAAAGGUAAUGUAAAGAACUUGAAAAGUGCCAUUCACUCACAUUGUCGAAUAGAGAAAGCCAAGACAUGUCUACGUCUCAGCUGAAUUGCACUUAAACACACUUAGACACACAUACAUACAUACAAACAUAAAAAAAAAUAUAAUUAAAUAAAUUCUAACGUAAAUUUCGAAACUUUGGUUCAAAAUUCUGCAAGCUUGCUUGUAUUUGUAUCAAAUACGUGUGUGUGUGUGUGCUUUACUUGCAAGCAUGAGACUCUGCUGAUAUUUCUUAAUAAUAUUUGGAGACGUCUUUAGUUUGUAGAGCACACUGCUGCUUGAAUGCAAAUGCAAGUUAAGCCAAGAAUGCUACACUUGUGCGACGAAAAUACCAAUUUCAAAUAUAUUUACAACAUUUAUGUAUAUACACUAACGCACUGACAUACAUACAUACGAAUAUGAUUAUUUAUGUGUUAUUACGCGACUUUUAGAAUGAAAACCAGUUUAGCUACUUAGUAAUACUGUUUAUUUAAUUUAUGAUUAGCUGGAAACCCAUCAACUAAGGCAACAAACAAACCACUAAUUGUACUAAAUACAUACAUACAUAUACGCUGCUUUAUAUUUAUCGACUAUUUGUAUGAAUAUAUUGUAAUAAUGCAAUAUUUGUAGUUUAUUACGUAUGAAAUACACGCUAUAAGAAGAAUAGUUAAUUGUUUUUGUAAACCCACAAAAGUUAAUAAUUAAAAAUUGCAUAAAACUUAAUUAUUAACGGUAAUUAUAAUCGCGCUUGUGUUAAAUAAUUUGUAUGUAUUUAUUGUAUAUGACAAAAAUUAUGAAUAAGUUGUAAGUACUACUUAGCUGAAUACUUUUAGUUUUUCAUAUUAAGUAAAAAAUUAAAAUAAAUAUAUUUAAAAAACAAAA